AUGACAAAUAAUUCGUUAUCAAGUCUGGCUUCAUUUGAUGAAGAGGCCUACAAUCCAAACCCACUUACAGAUAAUGCAACAAACGAUGCACAAUCAGAAUUAUCUCCAAUAAAUUCAAGAUAUACUACUACGUCGGACCGUCAAUCAUUGAGAAUAAGUAGAAGCGAGACGAGGAAAUCAUUACAGGAAUUGGGUUUAUCGUCAGAAAUACCUACUCCAGAUCUAGUACAUCCUCCAGUGACGGACCCAAUCUUUCCAGAAGAAUAUACAUUAGAAACAGAUACGGGAUUAGUGCAAGUACAGACAUUGCAGUCGUUGGGUAGGCGGAAAACGAUAAAUUCGAGUAAUAAUUUGCAUUUAAUAAAAUCAGAAGAUUCAUCCACUACAGAGAAAGUGGAUGAUUACGAUCCUAGUAUAAAGCACGAACAUGCAUUGGAUCCAGAGAUCGAGUUCGUGACAUUUACUGUUGGAGAUCCAGAGAACCCCCACAACUGGCCGAUGUGGAUCAAAUGGUCUUACACGGCUUUGUUCUCCAUAUUUGUUAUUUGUGCAGCAUACGGGUCGUCAUGUUUGGCUACGGGCUUGCCCACAAUUAAUAAGAAAUUUGGUGUUUCCACCGAAGUUUCUACGUUAACGGUGUCUCUAUUUGUCAUCGGUUUUGGGGUAGGUUCCAUGUUUUGGUCUCCCCUUUCUGAGCAACCAAGGUUUGGAAGGAGAGUAGUCUACAUUGUUUCCUUUGGUCUCUACGUGAUAUUCAAUAUCCCUUGUGCUUUAGCAAAGAAUAUUGGCACAGUUUUAGUUUGCAGAUUUUUAUGUGGUGUAUUCUCAUCCUCUGCUUUAGCAAAUGUGGGUGCAAGUUUAGUUGAUAUGCACAACGAAACAAGAGGUUUGGCAAUUGCAUUCUUCAGUUUUUGCCCUUAUUCGGGACCUGUUCUUGGUGGUAUUGUCAACGGGUUCAUCAGUGUUAAUACAGGAAGAUACGAAUUAAUGGUUUGGGUUAAUAUGGCAUUCGCAGGAGUAAUGUGGAUCAUAAUUUCAUUUAUUCCAGAAACAUAUGCUCCUACCAUAUUGAAAAAUAGAGCUGCAAAAUUAAGAAAAGAGACUGGUAACCCAAAGAUCAUGACAGAGCAAGAAGCAACCCCAAUGGAAUUUAAGGAAAUUGUUAAUACUCAUUUGUUGCGCCCAAUCAAGUUUAUCGUUCAAGAACCAGCUUUGGUUAUAGUAUGUGGGUAUGUGAUGUUGAUCUAUUCCUUGCUUUACGCGUUUUUCUUUGCAUACCCUGUUAUUUUCAAUACAUUGUACGGAUAUGAAGACGAUAAAAUUGGCUUAAUGUUUAUUCCUAUCUUAAUUGGAGCUGCUUUGGCCGUUAUGUCUACCAUUAUUUUGGAAAAAAAUUACAAAAAGCUUUGCAUGAGAAGAACUCCAACACCAGAAGAUAGAUUAAUAGGUGCAAUGGUAGGAUCUCCAUUUCCAUGUAUUGCCUUGUUUAUUUUAGGAGCUACUUCGUACAAACAUAUUAUCUGGGUCGGACCAGCUUCCUCUGGUAUCGCGUUUGGGUACGGUAUGGUACUUAUUUAUUAUUCAUUAAACAACUACAUUAUAGACACAUAUGCUAGGGUGGUAGCAUCUGCUUUAGGAACGAAGGUUAUAACUCGUCUGUGUGGUGGCGCAGCUUUUCCAUUAUUCAUUACCCAAAUGUAUAAUGGUUUAGGAUUACAAUGGGCCAGUUGGUUACUUGCGUUCGUUUCAUUGGCAAUGGUUUUAAUUCCAUUUUUAUUUUACGCAUAUGGGAAGGCCUUAAGAGCCAAGUUAUGUAAAGAAGAUUAUUCAGCCGUGCAUCAUUAA